UCCCUGGUGGUCUCCCAACCCGGAUGCUGCUGCGGACUCCGGGAGGCUAUAACUAACAAUAAUUGCAUCACUGCGCGGCGGUGUAGCGUACCGUCAGUCACGACAGGGGCUGAUACCAUUUCAGUACCCUUCAGGAGAGGACAGCUCCCCCACGUUCACGAGCCGUUACCGGGCUAGAGAGGAUGCUGUGGUGGAGGACCGGAGGAGGAUCAUUCAUUCGCAGUGGGAGCGUGAGGUUGUAUUGUGUGAGUGUGUACUAGGUAGGGGUGUAGUCUUUCUAUAGACAACACACCAAAUAAAUGAAUUGCGAUCGCGAGCAGUACUCGUAUGCAGUUUAACACGAAAGAAAAUUGUGGGUGAGUAAAAUAAAUCUACCAAGAGAGGUAAAGAGAGACAGAGGCAGGCGAGCAUCAUAAGAGAGAGAGAGAUGGCGGAGUGCGGGCGGAAGGCGCUGUCUCUCCUGGAAGCGGCCCGCUCGCGGUACGAGAGCCUGCAAAUCUCCGACGACGUGUUCGGGGAGUCGGGGGAUGACAGCAGCGACAACCCCUUCUACAGCACCUCUGGAGACUCCAACUCGGACUCCAACUACAUCUCCGAGGCGGGAGAGGAGCACCACAACCACCGGGCGCCGCACGGCGACAAUGACAGCGGCCACGGCGUGCAUGGCAGCGGGGGGGGACGCGGCGGGGGGGCCGGUCCCCCCGGCUCGGUGUCCCGGAGCCAGGCGGAACAGGACGGGUGGACGGAGACCCUCCAGGAUGUCACGAUGCCGCCGUACAAAGACACACAUGGUCCGGCCCAGAAGAUGUCCGUCGACUCCACGGCCCUGGACUUCUUCCAGCUCUUUGUCCCCGACAACUGCAUCCAGAACAUGGUCACCCAGACCAACAUGUACGCCAAGAAGUUCCAGGAGCGCUUUGGCUCCGAGGAGGGCUGGCGCCCGGUCACGGCCCAGGAGAUGAAGGCCUUCCUAGGCUUCGUGGUGUCCACCAGUGUGCACCGCUGCGAGUCGGUGCUCAGCAUCUGGAGCGCCGGCUUCUUCAGCAACCGCAGCAUCGCCCUCAAGAUGAGCCAGGCGCGCUUCGAGAAGAUCCUCAAGUACUUCCACAUCGUGGCGUUCCGCCCGUCCCAGGGCUGCAACCAGGGCCUCUACAAGAUCCAGCCCUUCCUGGAUUCCCUGCAGCAAUCCUUCAGCCACACCUUCAGACCCUCACAGACACAGGUGCUGCAUGAGCCCUUGAUAGACGAGGACCCGGUCUUCAUCAACACGUGUACAGAGAGAGAGCUGAGGAAGAGGAAGAAGAGGAAGUUCAGUCUCUGGGUCCGACAGUGCACGUCAACUGGAUUCAUCUGCCAGAUCUCGGUUCACCUGAAGGACGGCCAGGGGGCUGACGGCCUCUCCACCCUGAAGAACAAGCCCCUGCUCCACAGCCUGGUGGCCAAGCAGCUCUGUCAGAACCUGUCCGGGAAGAACACCAUCAUCUUCACAGGGCCCUCCAUCACCAGCCUCAGCCUCUUCACUGAGUUCAGCAAGCAGAAUAUCUACUGCUGCGGUCUUCUAAGCACCAGGAAGAGUGACUGCACGGGCUUGCCACAGUGCAUGCUGGUCUGCGGGUCCACGCCAGUGCAGCGCGGCCAAUCACAGGUGAUGAUGAAGGACAGCAUGUCGCUGAUCAGCUGGUACAACAAGGGACACUUCCGGUUCCUCACCAACGCCUACUCCCCCACCAAACAAGGUAUGAUAAUCAAGAGGAAAAGCGGGGAGAUCCCCUGUCCCCUGGCUGUGGAGGCCUUCGCAGCCCAUCUCAGCUACAUCUGCAAAUAUGAUGACAAGUACAGCAAGUAUUUUAUUUUCCAUAAGCCCAACAAAACGUGGCAGCAGGUGUUCUGGCUGGCCAUCAGCAUCGCCAUCAACAACGCCUACAUCCUGUACAAGAUGUCCGACGCCUACGCCCUGAAGCGCUACAGCCGCGCCCAGUUCGGAGAGCUGUUGGUCAAGGAGCUCCUGGAGCUUGACGACUCCUCCCCUACCCAGUGA